AUGGAUCAACGACGAUUCAGUAAAAGCGUUGCAAACGAGAAUCUUCAGAAGAAACUAGUUGAGAACAGACGAAAAGGGAGCCGAGGGCAGGAACAAGUCCCUGACAUUGCGGAUUUCAUGAACGAUAUGUUUUUUGGAGUGGUAAAAAACGAGAAAAAGGUUUAUAAUCUUAGUGGCGGUGGCGGGGAUGUGAUCGACGAGGAUGAUGAUUUUGAUUCGAGCACCCGAAGUACGAGUAGUCGGUUGACUCAAGAAUGGUUGGAAGAGGCGAAACGGCUGGUGGCUUCUUCGCCUGACCGUGGUUCUUCACGAGCCGAGGGGAAUUCUCCUUCUCGGCUGGUGGGGUCGCCCAGGUUUGGCGUGUCUAGGCCUAGACUGUCGACUUCUUCCGUAACAGAAAGAGAUCCUCUUUCUCGAACUGCUAGAAGAAACAGGUCGGUGGAUGGGUUCACCGGAGAAAUCUUGACGAAAUCGGCGAAGCAUAGUCACAGCCGUAAUAAUUCUCAGACGACGGUGGACUCUAUUUCAAACUCUUCUCCUCAACCCACCGACGUUUCCCCUGCCUCCGCCGUCCAGAAAUGGUUCUCCAACAUCCUCAAACCACCCACCGCCGGCGAUCCUACUCCACCCGCCACCGCCGCUACAACGUCUCCAGACAUGAUCCCACCUCGAGCAUCGACCCACCGCCGCUCCCGCUUCGAAAACCAGUCCUCUCCACCACUACCACCAAUAUCACCCUCUGCCACCACCACCACAACCACCACCGCGGCGGCGGACCCAUCUGCAUUUGUCCCACCUCGAUUAUCCACCCACCGCAGAUCCCGAUUUCAGAACGAUCCAAAUGCUGCUCAACCCCAACUAAUACCAAGUAAAAGAACCAUUAAGACCACCGCCACUACAACUCCGGCGGACACCCAAAUCCUAUCUCCGCCGAAGCACCUCCUUGAAUCAGCUCAACGGAGAUCAAUAUCAUCCUCGACAUGCUCUCUCAAUAACCAAAUCCUUUCGCCGCCUAGAAAUCUAGUUGAAUCCGCUCAAAGAAGAUCGAUCUCUUCGUCUACUUGCUUCACAGACAAAAUUUCGAGAAAACCUAGCCCAAUACGUGGCGAAUUGAAGGAUUCAGAAUUAGGUCAACAGGAUCUUAAUGGGUUUUUGAACAAUCAAAGAAUCAAAAUCUUAAAGCUAUUGAAAGGGGAAAUCAAAGGAAAAGCAAAGAUCGUGCUCUCUGGACAUUCAAACAGUACAAGUUCAAUGGUGGCGGCGAUUUGCUACGCGUGGUUGGUGGACACUCGAAUGAGAAUUAAAAGAAAUGGGGUGGUUGAUGGCGAUGGCUCCACCAUGGAACUGGUGGUGCCGGUGUUGAAUGUGAGAAGGGGAAAGAUGUGGAAGCAGCGGCAAGCCGCCUGGCUCUUCCAUCAUGCCGGUGUCGAUGCCACCUCCAUCCUUUUCUCCAAUGAGAUAGAAUUGGAGAUCUUAAUGAUGAACAAGCAGUUGAGCAUUCUUGUAGUUGGGCAAGAAAUCCUCAAGACUGAUGGCGAGGUUGGAUCGAAGUGCACUAUUCUUACGGAUAAUUACUGCGAGGAUGCAUACGAUCUGCUUCAAAACCCCAUUUUGAAGAAACUUAUGCUUGCGGGUAUUUUAUUAGACACGCAAAAUUUGAACACGGCUACAACUAAAGAUACCGAGGCUGCACGAUUGCUUUCGGUUGGUUCUGCGCCGAACUACGGAAAUAGUUUGUAUGAUCAACUGACACAAGAGCAAAGAGAUGGUGCUUUCUUUGAAGCUUUAAGGCAGAACUAUGGGAAGCCUCCUAAUGAGAACAACGUCGAGAGCAAAUCACCGGCAGAAGAGAGAGUUCCCGAGAGAAAGCAUCAAUCACCAAGAACAUACGAAAAAAUCUCGAGAAAGGAGCAAAUUCAAGCAAAAACCGACACGAUUUCCCCACCAGGCGACGCCCCUCGUGAAAAAGGAAAGAACCCGUUUUUCUUAGCGAAAUGGUUCGGUUUUGCAAAGUGA